CACAUGGUGUCACUCACACAUGGAAAAGAAGCGAAAAGACUCGGACUCACUGUCGCCCUCUCUCUUUCGCUCUCUCUCUCUCAGUCUCUCUCUCACACACACUCUCACUCAAUAACGCUGGUUCUACCUCCAUUGACGUAGCUCUCGGUUGGGUCUUUCUCAAAGUGAAUUCCCUGAAUUUGUGUGAACUCCAUGAGAAUUUGGAAUUGGAUGGUGAGGAAUUGAGGUGUUGAUGCUGCUCAGGCGGAGAAGCUGGGUUUCUUGGAAGUAACGAAGAGGGAGUUCUUGGGCAUUUGCAGUGUCCGGUGAGGUCGCCCAAGAGAGAGUUGAAGUGGUGUUUUGGUGGAAAUGUCAAAACCUCCCUCCCCUGAACCACGAGAGUUCCUAUCCUCUUCUACUUCUCGGCCUAGGGAAUUAAAUGGAACAGCAACUAUGGAUGAUCCAGAAGACACGAUGGCUACUGUUGCACAUUUUGUUGAGCAACUACAUGCCAACAUGUCGUCACAAAAUGAGAAAGAACUUAUUACAGCACGUUUGCUAGGUAUUGCUAGAGCAAGAAAAGAAGCUAGGAUGCUUAUUGGUUCCCAUGGCCAAGCAAUGCCAUUAUUCAUAAGCAUUCUCCGGAGUGGCACCCCCGUAGCAAAAGUUAAUGUUGCUGCAACUCUUAGUCUUCUGUGCAAAGAUGAAGACUUGCGGCUGAAGGUGCUUCUAGGUGGGUGCAUUCCACCAUUACUCUCACUCUUGAAGUCUGAAUCAACUGAGGCUAGGAAGGCAGCAGCAGAGGCAAUAUAUGAAGUUUCCUCUGGUGGGCUUUCAGAUGAUCAUGUUGGUGUGAAAAUAUUUGUUACAGAAGGUGUUGUACCAACCUUGUGGGAUCAGCUAAAUCCAAAGAACAAGCAGGACAAAGUGGUUGAGGGAUUUGUUACUGGGGCUUUGAGAAAUCUUUGUGGUGAUAAGGAUGGUUACUGGAGAGCGACACUUGAGGCUGGAGGAGUAGAUAUCAUUGUGGGUAUUCUGUCUUCUGAUAAUGCUGCUUCUCAGUCCAAUGCAGCUUCUCUGUUGGCCCGUCUGAUGUUAGCUUUCAGUGAUAGCAUCCCAAAAGUAAUAGAUUCUGGAGCUGUCAAAGCCUUGCUUUGGCUCGUGGGCCAGGAAAAUGAUAUUUCUGUUCGUGCUAGUGCUGCUGAUGCUUUAGAGGCUCUUUCUUCAAAGUCAAGCAGGGCAAAGAAAGCAAUUGUGGAUGUUGAUGGUCUUCCGGUUCUUAUUGGGGCAAUAGUUGCUCCUUCUAAAGAGUGUAUGCAAGGUGAAUGUGGCCAGGCUUUACAGGGACAUGCAACACGAGCUUUAGCUAAUAUCUGUGGUGGGAUGUCUGCUUUAAUACUAUAUCUUGGAGAACUUUCACAGUCCCCUCGCCUAGCUGCGCCAGUUGCUGAUAUAGUUGGAGCACUUGCCUACACUCUGAUGGUCUUUGAGGACAACUCUGAUGCAAACAACGAACCUUUUGAUGUGACGCAUUUAGAAGAUAUUCUUGUAAUGCUACUAAAGCCUCGUGAUAAUAAGCUGGUCCAAGAGCGUGUCCUUGAGGCUAUGGCUAGCCUAUAUGGCAAUAUCUAUCUCUCAAGAUGUCUCAGUCAUGCAGAAGCAAAGAGGGUGCUUACUGGACUGAUAACAAUGGCUGUUGCUGAUGUGCAAGAGUAUUUGAUACUGUCUUUAACAAACUUAUGCUGUGAUGGUGCAGGCAUCUGGGAUGCAAUUCGAAAGAGAGAAGGAAUUCAGUUACUGAUAUCAUUGCUGGGCUUAGCCAGUGAGCAGCAUCAAGAGUAUGCCGUUCAGUUGCUUGCAAUCUUGGCUGACCAAGUCGAUGACAGCAAGUGGGCCAUCACUGCUGCUGGUGGUAUUCCUCCACUGGUGCAGUUGUUGGAGACAGGAUCUCAGAAGGCAAAGGAGGAUGCAGCACAUGUUCUGUGGAACUUGUGCUGUCACAGUGAAGACAUUCGCGCCUGUGUUGAGAGUGCUGGAGCCAUCCCAGCAUUCUUAUGGCUUCUAAAAAGUGGUGGAUCAAGAGGGCAAGAAGCCUCAGCUUUGGCACUGACAAAGCUUAUCCGAACAGCUGAUUCUGCCACGAUAAAUCAGUUACUGGCUUUGCUCCUAGGAGAUUCUCCAAGCUCAAAGGCCCAUACAAUUAAAGUUUUGGGCCAUGUACUUACAAUGGCAUCACACAAGGAUCUUGUGCAUAAGGGUUCUGCAGCUAACAAAGGGCUGAGGUCUCUUGUCGAGGUUCUUAACUCAUCAAAUGAAGAAUCCCAAGAGCAUGCAGCUUCUGUCCUUGCUGACCUGUUCAGCACAAGGCAAGAUAUUUGUGAUAGUCUUGCAACUGAUGAGAUUGUUCAUCCUUGCAUGAAGCUUUUAACCAGCACAACUCAAGUUGUUGCAACGCAGUCCGCUCGGGCAUUGGGUGCUCUGUCCCGUCCAACCAAGACUAAAACUACGAACAAGAUGUCUUAUCUUGCUGUAGGGGAUGUCAAGCCUCUAAUCAAGUUGGCUAAGACUUCUUCUAUUGAUGCUGCAGAAACUGCAGUGGCUGCACUGGCCAAUCUUCUCUCUGAUUCGCAGAUUGCUGCAGAAGCCCUUACAGAAGAUAUUGUUUCAGCUUUGACAAGAGUACUGGGAGAAGGAACAUCAGAAGGUAAGCAGAAUGCUUCACGUGCCCUCCACCAAUUGCUUAAACAUUUUCCAGUAGGUGAUGUACUGACAGGAAAUUCUCAGUGCCGCUUUGCUGUACUAGCGCUUGUUGAUUGUUUAAGUGCAAUGGAUAUGGAUGGAGCUGAUGCUGCUGAUGUUUUAGAAGUAGUUGCACUCCUGGUUAGGACAAAACAAGGUGUGCACUUAACUUACCCUCCAUGGUCUGCCCUAGCAGAAGUUCCCUCAAGCUUAGAGCCUCUCGUUUACUGUCUGGCUGAGGGGCCUCCUCCUGUGCAAGAUAAGGCCAUAGAAAUUUUGUCUAGAUUUUGCCGGGACCAACCGGUUGUAGUGGCUGACUUGUUGGUUGCAAGAUCAAGAUCCAUGGGUUCACUAGCUAAUAGGAUACUGAACUCAUCCAGUUUAGAAGUGAGAGUUGGAGGGUCUUCACUGCUCAUUUGUGCUGUAAAAGAACACAAACAGCAGUCACUGGAAGCACUUGAUGUGUCUGGAUAUUUAAAACCACUUAUAUAUGCUUUAGUGGAAAUGAUGAAGCAAAAUUCUAACUCUUCCUCUAUAGAAAUCGAAGUCAGAACUCCGAAAGGUUAUAUGGAAAGAACUGCAUUCCCUGAAGGAGAUGAGUUUGAUGUUCCUGAUCCAGCCACUGUCUUGGGGGGCACUGUUGCCUUGUGGUUGCUAUCAAUAAUUGCUUCCUUCUGUGCAAAUAACAAACUCACUAUUAUGGAAGCUGGUGGAGUUGAGGCCCUCUGUGACAAGCUUGCAACCUACACUUCCAAUCCACAGGCAGAAUAUGAGGAUACAGAAGGUAUAUGGAUUAGUUCCCUGCUCCUGGCUAUUUUGUUCCAAGAUCCAAAUGUUGUUUUGUCUCCUGCAACUAUGCGAAUCAUACCUUCACUUGCUCUUUUGCUGAGAUCUGAUGAAGUGAUCGAUAGAUUCUUUGCUGCCCAGACAACAGCCAGUCUUAUUUGUAAUGGUAGUAAGGGAAUAAAUCUUGCAGUUGCAAAUUCAGGCGCUGUUGCUGGGUUAAUAACCCUAAUUGGUUAUGUGGAGUCGGAUAUGCCGAAUCUUGUUGCUUUAUCAGAAGAAUUUUUUCUGGCACGAAAUCCUGAUCAAGUUGUACUGGAGCGCCUUUUUGAAAUUGAAGAUGUAAGAGUUGGCUCCACUGCACGCAAAUCUAUACCUCUGUUGGUGGAUCUCUUGAGACCAAUUCCAGAUAGGCCAGGUGCCCCUCCAAUAGCUAUUCAGCUCUUGACUCGUAUUGCAUCUGGAAGUGAUACAAACAAAUUAAUCAUGGCUGAAGCUGGAGCUCUGGAUGCUCUGACAAAGUACCUGUCUUUAAGCCCCCAAGACUCGACGGAGGCUACUAUAUCUGAACUACUGAGAAUAUUGUUUAGCAAUUCUGAUCUUAUUCGAUAUGAAGCAUCAGCUAGUUCCUUAAAUCAACUCAUAGCUGUUCUGCGUCUGGGGUCCAGAAGUGCUAGAUUCAGUGCUGCACGGGCUCUCCAUGAGCUUUUUGAUGCUGAGAACAUCAGAGAUUCUGAAUUAGCUUGGCAGGCUAUUCAGCCAUUGGUUGACAUGCUUAAUGCUGCAUCAGCAAGUGAGCAAGAGGCUGCUCUUGUUGCCUUAAUCAAGCUGACUUCAGGAAGUUCUUCUAAAGCAGCCUUGUUGACUGAUGUGGAAGGAAACCCACUAGAGAGUUUAUACAAAGUAUUAUCUUCCUCCUCAUCCUUAGAAUUAAAGAGAAAUGCUGCGCAACUCUGUUGUGUUCUGUUUGGUAAUACUAAAUUCAGAGAAAACCCAAUUGCCUCUGAAUGCAUACAACCCCUUGUAUUGCUCAUGCAGUCUGAUUCAAGUACAGCAGUAGAAUCUGGGGUUUGUGCUUUUGAAAGAUUGUUGGAUGAUGAACAGCAGGUGGAGCUUGCAGCAGCCUGCGAUGUUGUGGAUCUCCUUGUUGGCUUAGUUUCUGGGACAAAUCAUCGACUCAUUGAGGCUAGCAUCUGUGCUCUCAUAAAGUUGGGGAAAGACCGGACUCCACGCAAAUUGGAUAUGGUCAAAGCUGGCAUUAUUGAUAAUUGUCUUGAGCUACUCCCUCUUGCACCUAGUUCAUUAUGUUCCUCAAUUGCAGAACUGUUCCGCAUUUUAACAAAUAGUAAUGCAAUUGCUAGAAGCACAGCUGCCGCAAAAAUAGUAGAACCUCUAUUCCUGGUUUUGCUUCGUCCAGAUUUCGAUUUGUGGGGACAGCACAGUUCCUUGCAGGCACUAGUAAAUAUUUUAGAGAAGCCACAGAGCCUUGCAACUUUGAAACUUACUCCCAGUCAAGUCAUUGAGCCUCUGAUUUCGUUUCUGGAAUCCCCAUCUCAAGCCAUCCAGCAGCUUGGCACAGAAUUGCUCGCUUAUCUUCUUGCUCAGGAACAUUUUCAGCAAGAUAUUACAACAAAAAAUGCUGUUGUACCUCUUGUGCAGCUUGCUGGAAUUGGAAUAUUGAACUUACAGCAAACAGCAAUAAAAGCAUUGGAAAAAAUAUCCACAAGCUGGCCAAAGGCAGUUGCUGAUGCUGGAGGAAUUUUUGAGCUUGCAAAGGUUAUAAUUCAAGAUGACCCUCAGCCACCUCAUACAUUGUGGGAAUCAGCUGCUUUGGUUCUCUCUAAUGUUCUGAGUUUUAAUGCUGAGUAUUACUUUAAAGUUCCUCUGGUUGUUCUUGUGAAAAUGUUGCACUCAACACUGGAGAGCACUAUCACAGUGGCCCUUAAUGCCUUGCUUGUUCAUGAAAGGAGCGACGCUUCAAGUGCUGAACAGAUGACUGAAGCUGGUGCAAUAGAUGCUUUGCUGGACCUUUUAAGAUCUCAUCAGUGUGAAGAACCUUCGGGAAGAUUACUUGAAGCCCUAUUUAACAAUGUGAGGGUACGAGAGAUGAAGGUUUCCAAAUAUGCAAUAGCACCUUUAUCACAAUAUCUUCUUGACCCACAAACCAGGUCACAAUCUGGCAAGCUCCUUGCAGCUCUUGCCCUUGGGGACCUCUCUCAACAUGAAGGACUUGCUAGAGCUAGUGAUUCUGUUUCUGCAUGUCGUGCAUUAAUAAGCUUGCUUGAAGAUCAACCAACAGAAGAAAUGAAGAUGGUGGCGAUUUGUGCAUUGCAAAACUUCGUCAUGCGCAGCAGAACUAACAGGCGAGCUGUUGCAGAAGCAGGUGGCAUAUUGGUAGUUCAGGAAUUAUUGCUUUCUCCUAAUCCAGAAGUUUCUGGGCAGGCAGCACUGCUGAUCAAAUUUUUAUUUUCUAAUCACACGCUCCAAGAAUAUGUGUCAAAUGAGCUCAUCAGAUCUUUGACAGCUGCACUAGAGAGAGAGUUGUGGUCCACAGCAACUAUCAAUGAAGAGGUUUUGAGAACCUUAAAUGUGAUAUUUACUAACUUUCCUAAGCUCCAUACCUCCGAAGCAGCAACUCUCUGCAUUCCCCAUUUGGUAGGAGCACUUAAAUCUGGUAAUGAGGCAGCUCAGGAUUCUGUAUUGGAUACCCUAUGCUUGUUAAAACAUUCUUGGUCAACCAUUCCAAUAGAUGUUGCGAAGUCACAGGCCAUGAUUGCAGCCGAAGCAAUUCCCAUCCUGCAAAUGCUCAUGAAGACCUGCCCGCCAAGUUUCCAUGACAGAGCAGACAGCCUGUUGCACUGCUUUCCAGGCUGUUUGACUGUUACUAUUAAGCGUGGGAACAACCUGAAGCAGGCCAUGGGAGGCACAAAUGCCUUUUGUAGAUUGACAAUAGGCAAUGGUCCUCCAAGACAAACCAAGGUAGUGAGCCACAGCACCUCGCCUGAAUGGAAAGAAGGGUUUACAUGGGCAUUUGAUGUACCUCCAAAGGGACAAAAGCUCCACAUCAUUUGCAAAAGCAAAAAUACUUUUGGGAAGACAACACUGGGAAGAGUGACCAUCCAAAUUGACAAAGUUGUGAGUGAAGGAGUAUACAGCGGAUUAUUCAGCCUUAAUCAUGACAGCAACAAAGAUGGCUCUUCUCGAACGCUCGAAAUCGAGAUUAUCUGGUCCAACAGGAUGUCAAAUGAUGACGUGUAAAGGGGUACAACAUCUCCAUAUUAGCAAACACAAAUAAAGACAGGAGCAGCAAGAGCUACUCAGAAAGCUGAGAAAAGAAGCAUUGAUGGUUUUCCUGAUGGAGUUUGGGAGUUUGGUUUGCUUGUAAUUAUUCACAUCUUUUGCAGGUCCAGUUUUGUAGGUUGAACGAUUAAGCUGCUCGAUGUUAAGUGUAAAUUAUAUUUAUUAGUUUGCAGAGGUGAUAAGAGGAUUGAGCAGGUUUCCCACGUUAUAGGGAAUCUUGAAGCUGAUUAGAAGUUUGUUGUACAGGUCAGUUUGUAGUUCCUGGCAAAUUGGCAAUUAAAUAUACUAGGGAGAAAUGGCAUCUGAAA